AUGGCGGCCUGCAGAUAAUAUUUAUUUUUCGGUUUCGCAGUUUCGUUGACGUAUAUCCACCGCUGCCGUAGGAAGAGCGAGCGGCGUACAGCACCGCCGGUAGCGCGCAGUCGUGAUUGAUUUUACGAUGUUAUCUUGUGGGAGCGAUAACAUGCACGAUAACAGUUCGCUGCAGGGCAAGCACUGUACGUAGCCGUCAAAUCGCGAAGCGAUUCUCGCAUGCACGGUUGCACGUCAUCGACGUAAAAUAUGAUGUGUGUCGCCUUGGAGCGGCCCUGACGUUGAUAUAAUAGCGCUAUUCCUUUUUUUUUUGUUUCUUUCGUUUGUUCUUUACAUUUCGCUUGCUACAGGUGAAGCAAGUGGCGCAGGCUGCGACGUGCACGAAACAUAUACGCUGUCUUCCACGUGUAUAAACGUUUACGGGUUUGCGCUGCGCUCGGAUACUCCAGCUAACUCGCGGGCAUUGCGUGGCUUUUUUUUUUUUUUUUUUCCUACAUAGAAUGAAUGGAGCUGCAAGAUGUCAUCAGGAGCCAGACGACAUGGUUGGAGAGCAGGCCAGCCGGAUGGACGGCGGUGACUGCGUGGUGAAGGGCUCCGUGUUCAGUGAACAGCUGAGUAGACAUCACCGUGGCAGUACCGGCCACAAGGAAGAUGCCAUGAGCGGACUGCCCUUUCACGGACCUUCGUCACGGGAGGUGGAGCUGGCCAGUGUGCCGGUCCUCGAGCGACGCAGCGGACUGUACAGCAGCGGAGCGCUGGUGGUGCUCGUCGUCUGGUACUUUUUCAGCUUCACCACGCUGGUGCUGAACAAGUGCAUCCUCUCUUACCAAGCUGGGGACCCUGUAGUGCUGGGUGCAGUGCAGAUGUGUUGCUGCUUCAUCUGCGGCUACGUCCAGAUGCAGAUGACUGCUAGACGGAAGCUGUCCCACGAAAACUCUCCCAGGGCGCAUAACGUCAUCCUUGUUGGGUCGCUACGAUUUAGCACGGUGUUCCUGGGCCUGGUGGCGCUGUGGUACGUGCCCGUGUCAUUUGCCGAAACGGUGAAGAGCUCGGCGCCCGUGUUCACGGUGGUCAUCUCGCGGCUGGUGCUGGGCGAAAUGACCACCUGGCUGGUCAACAUGAGCCUCUUCCCGGUCAUGGGAGGCCUGGCCCUGUGCAGCGCAAAUGAGCUGAGCUUCAACCUGCCAGGCUUCGUCGCUUCGCUUUCCACUAAUCUCUCGGAGUGUUUUCAGAACGUCUUCUCCAAGCGCCUGCUGACCGACGAGAAGGUCAAGCUGCUGCCCGUGGAGCUCCAGUGCUACACUAGCCUGAGCUCUGUGUUCAUCCUGGUGCCCACCAUGUUGGCCCUGGUGGACUUUGGCAAAGUGUGGGAGACCAUGACGUGGGCUACGCUGGGCACGCUGUUGCUGGGGGGCCUGUCGUUCCACUGCCAAAGCUUCACCGAGUACAUCCUGCUGGGUUACAUCUCGCCUGUCACCCACAGCGUUGCAAACACAGUCAAGCGGGCGCUCAUGAUCUGGCUGUCUGUGCUGGUGUUCGGCAACCAAGUCACAUUCCUCAGCGGCCUAGGGACGCUCAUUGUCAUUGCAGGCGUGUUCCUGUACAACCACGCACGAAACGUUGCCGCCACUCUAUACCAAUACGAUGUGACGCUCAGUACUGUCAAGGUUACCGACCAUGAUGUCUGAUGUGUUCGGGUUUUAGGAACAAGGCUGUGGCGUCUUUUCUCCAGAGUCUGGCAUAUACACCAGAGGCAGAUCUUUGUGCAGUCGCUGGCUGUUGUUCGCAGAAAUAUUGCGAAGACAAAGAAACGCAGUUAUGUAUUUCACCUGACCUGUACCUUACAAUACCUACCCGGUGUUUCAUUGCAAGAGGUCCUUGAGGCCAGUUCCUCGGCAUAUCUGAAAGAAGCUACGAUGAAAGCGACAACCUAAUUUCGAAACAGCUGACAUAUAGCAUUGUCAAGUCAGCGGGAAAUGCAGAGGAUAGCGUCGCUUUUGCUAUGCCUUUCCUGGUGAAACAACCAGAGUUUAUUGUCGUUUUAUUGAAAGGCAGAGAUGUUCAGAACGGCUCUGGUAACAACC